UGAAAGUAAGAGGAAGGAAAGGCUAGAAGGUUGCUUCUCAGGGUUUACCUGAUAUUCUUUAUGAAUAGAUUAAUAACAUUCUUAAAGGAAGUCAUCAGGCAUAACCUGAGGAAGUACUUCCAUUUGAAAGAGUAGGAAGGUAAAGGUGAAAAGGCGACUUCUCAGUCGUCACCACCAUUUUUGUCCUCUGAUGAUUUGACGUCUGGAAUAGACUCAGGGCCCAUAUGAGUUAGUGUUGGAUAUUGGAUAGGGGGCUGCCUUCUUUGAAAUGCUGGACACAAUAUAAAUAUUUGUCAAUAGACUGUAUAAAUAAGAGAAGAUAUUUAUCAUUAGUUUAGAGGUUAACUGUGUCUGAUCUCUCAAAUUAGUGUCUACAGAGAAUAAACAGAAAUAAGGUGAUAAGAAAACAUUUUGUGUAUAUGAGACAUAGCAAAAAGUCUGGAGCGGAUGAACUUGGAGAAUUUUAAGAGAUGAGUUUAGGCAGCAUACUGGAUCCAAGUCAUCUAGAGUCUUGUAGUCCCACUUAGGAAGACUGGAUUUUAUUGACUGUGUGAUAGGAAGCCACUGUAGAGGUUUUGAGCUGGGAGGUGACACGACCUGAAGAAGAUUCAAAAAGGAUUAGGGCUGCUUUGGAACAAUAGAUUGUUACAGGCAAGAACGAAAGCUGACCUGGCAGGAGGCUAUUCGAACAGACCCGUGAAGUGACAGGGAAAGUGAGAAUGAUCAUAUUCAUGAUAUAUUAGGAAGAUACUGUCAACAAGAUGAAUUAAGGUAGUGAUAGGUAAUGUGAGAAUAAUAAAGGAGUUAAAGACACUGCGAGUUGUUUGGUCUGAAGAAUAACAGGAAGAUGGUAUCUUUUACUGAGAUGGGCAACACUUAGAUUUAGUGUGGAAUAUUUAACAUCUAUUUUUAUAAAUACUAAAUUGACAUCAAAUUGGAGAAUUUCCAUUAGGUAGUUGCAUAUAUAAGUUUGAAAAUUAGGGGAGAUAUUGAGGCAGAAGACACAAUAUUGGGGUGCUUCAGUAUUUAUAGGUCAGGAAGAAGGGGAAGAUCCCAGCAAAGAUACUAAGAAGGAGGUCCAGUAGGUUAGGAGGAAAUUUAGGACAGUGGCCUUUGGUCUAUAAACUUCCGUUCAUAAGUUAUUCUACCAACUUAAAAUUUUUAAAUUACCUUAGCCGGUGGUCAAGUGUAAUACUUUUGUGACUUCUUAUAUGACACAAGUUUUCACAAAAACCCCUCCCCAUCCUUUCUUGUUCUCUCACUUCUUCUUUAAACAUCAGAUAAAGCACUGCUUACUCUGGGAAGACAUUCCUGAUCCCAGUUUGAUUUAGAUGUUCCUAUUUUAUACUAUUCACCCUUGCUACUAUGUGAAUUCAAUUUGUAAUGACACUUAUUGCAUCUGUCUACAAUAAUCUGACACCAUAAUUAUGUAUCACAUCAGUGGGGUAUCUCAAUACCCAUAAUACGAUUGACAUAAAUAGGUGUUCCUUACACAUUUUCAAAAUUGAAUGAAAAAAUAAAAGACAAAUAUUAUAACACAUUAAAAAAUGUCUUAAUUGUUUUGUAGGUAAACUCCUUCUAAUACCUGAAAUCAGCACCUAUAAAAGAAAUGAUGGAACCAGGGAACAAUGUGACUUACUUUGUCCUUCUGGGACUCACACAGAAUCCAAAGGAACAGAAGGUCCUUUUUGUUAUGUUCUUGCUCUUCUACAUUUUGACCAUGAUGGGUAACCUCCUUAUUGUUGUGACUGUAACUUUCAGUAAGACCCUGGACUCACCUAUGUACUUCUUCCUUGGAAGCUUAUCCUUCAUGGAUGUCAUUUAUUCAUCAGUCAUCUCCCCCAAAUUGAUUUCAGACUUGUUCUUUGGUAAAACGACCAUAUCCUUCCAAUCUUGUAUGAUUCAGCUCUUUGGGGAACACUUCUUUGGUGGAUCAGAAGUCUUUCUCCUAUUGGUGAUGGCCUAUGACCGCUAUGUGGCCAUCUGUAAGCCCUUACAUUAUUUGGUCAUUAUGAGGCAAUGGGUGUGUGUUGUGCUGCUGAUAGUGUCCUGGGCUGGAGGUUUCCUGCAUUCAAUCAUUCAACUUAGCUCUCUUUAUGGGCUCCCAUUCUGUGGUCCCAAUGUCAUUGAUCACUUUUUCUGUGACAUGUACCCCCUAUUGAAACUUGUCUGUACCGACACUUAUGUCAUUGGCUUCUUAGUGGCAGCCAAUGGAGGAGUAAUCUGCACUCUUGUGUUCCUACUCUUACUCAUUUCUUAUGGUGUUAUCUUAUACUCCUUAAAGAGCCUUAGUCAGGAAGGAAAGCGAAAAGCCCUCUCCACUUGUGGUUCCCACAUCACUGUGGUGGUCUGCUUUUUUGUUCCCUGUAUUUUCAUGUAUGUAAGACCUGCUAAGACUUUCCCCAUUGACAAAUCAUUGAGUGUAUUUUAUACAGUGAUAACCCCUAUGUUGAACCCCUUAAUCUACACGUUGAGAAAUUCAGAGAUGAUAAAUGCUAUGAAGAAGCUCUGGGGUAAAAAAUGACUUUAACUGAGAAAUAAUCACAACAGCAUAAAAUGACUUUAUUCUUUAAAUGGUGCAGAUAAAAGAAGAUAAUGGCUAUGUUUCAAGGCCAGCUGAAUACUGUCAGUUUGAUGUUGGCAUAUAGGCCCUUUGAGAAA